AUGGCAAACCAUCUUCAAGAUCCAUUAACCAUUUUCCAUAAACAAAGUCUAAUCAAAGAAGAACAACAACUUGAAGAAACGGUGAGCUUGCAAGCAGAGAGGAUCUUGUACACCAUGGUUUUCCCCAUGGUUCUCAAAUCCGCCUUGGAGCUUGGCGUCAUCGACACAAUCGCUGCGGUAGAUGAAGGUGAGUGGCUCUCGGCUUCCGAGYUUGCGCUURGUCUCCKAACCAAWCCCACCAACCCGGYYGCACCGGWUUUYUUGGACCGGAUGCUGGUUUUACUAGCAAGUCACUCGAUCUUGAAGCAUCGUACGGCUGAAAACGGAGAAACCGGAAAGACCGAGAGGGAAUAUGCAGCUGAACCGGUUUGCGCGUUUUUCUUGAACCGUGGUGACGGCUCCGGUUCUCUCACAUCUGCGUUCAUGUUAACACUAAGCGAAGUCCAUUUCAAGACUUGGAUACAUCUCAAAGAUAUGAUAUUAGAUGGAAAAGAUGCAUUCACAUCUGCUCAUGGCAUGAGACUCUUCGAAUACAUUGGUUCAAACGAACAAUUUGCUGAGAUGUUUAACCGGACAAUGUCAGAAAUUUCUACCAUGACCAUGAAGAAAGUUCUAGAAGUUUACAAGGGAUUCGAAGAUCUAAAUACUUUAGUGGAUGUGGGAGGAGGAAUUGGAACCGUUAUAGGUCUAGUCACAUCCAAGUAUCCUCAUAUUAAGGGCAUUAAUUUUGAUCUAACCUCGGUUUUAGCCCAUGCUCCUCCUUAUCUAGUCGAGAUGAUUACACCGGUGAAACCUAAGAUCAACGAUUUAUCUUCUAACAUAGUGUUUGCCAUGGAUUAG